AUGCAGCUGUCUUAUGGAAUACUCACUGCGUUGCUGAGCGCAUCAUCGCUCGCUGCGGCCUCGCCGACUCAAUCCGCUAGCGAUCUCAUGCUAGAGCUCAACAGCAAGGCGACCAGUGCGCUAGAAAAUGUCCAAGCACCAAGCAGUCGCAAGAAGUGCACAAUUGCCAAUGCCGACGUGCGCCGGGAUUGGAAAGUUCUCUCAAAGAAGGAGAGAAAGGCUUAUAUUAAAGCCGUUCUAUGUCUGCGAAAGAAACCUUCCAAAGCGGACCCUUCUUUCGCACCUGGCGCACGCACCAGAUAUGACGAUUUUGUGGCUGUGCAUAUCAACCAAACUCGCUCCAUCCAUGGAACAUUAUUGAAGGGAAACUUCUUCACCUGGCAUCGAUACUAUACCUGGACUUAUGAAAAGGCUCUGCGAGAUGAGUGCGGCUACAAGGGCACCCAGCCAUAUUGGAACUGGUUUGAGACCGGCGACUAUGCUACUAACCCCCUCUUCGAUGGCUCCGAGACCAGCAUGAGCGGCGACGGCGAGUUCUUCAAGCACAACGGCUCUGUUUCUGGCCAAGGAGCUAUUUAUCUUCCAAGCGGCAAUGGAGGUGGCUGUAUCAAGAAAGGUCCCUUCGCCGGCGCGACCGCUAACCUUGGACCUCCCUCUCCCGGCAUGGACGGAAUGAAAGCCACCGCUACGCCUCUUGAGUACAACCCUCGGUGUCUCCGUCGAGAUCUCAGCCGCUACGCGAUUGAUAAGUGGAUGACUCUACCUAAAUUGUACAAUGUCACUCUUGGUGAUGCUUCACGCAGCAUUCAGGUCAUGCAGGAUGAGUUCCAAGGCCGGUUUCCAGAUCUUUUCUUGGGCUUGCACGCAGCUGGUCAUUUUGCUAUUGGUGGCGACUCUUCUGACCUUUACUCUUCUUCUAACGAGCCUAUUUUCUUCUUGCAUCAUGCCAUGGUAGAUCGUAUUUACUGGAUCUGGCAGGCUUUGCAUCCCAAGCAGGCAUGGGAUAUUGCUGGUACUAUCACUAUCGGGAACAGGCCUCCUAGUCGAGACGCUUUGAAGUCUGAUCCACUGAACAUGGGAGUUAACGCAGCUGAGAUCACCGUCGACGAUGCACUUGACACCUUGGGCGGAUCUCCAUUCUGUUACAUCUAUCUCUAA